UUUUCCAACAAUCUUUGUAUUUCUAUUAUGGCCAGCCCUUUGCUAUCAAAUGUUAAUGGCUAAGGAACUACCUUGUAGCUAAGACAGGUAAUCUGUGAAGACUAAGAACUAGAUAUGUGCAAAGGGACUAAUUUUGAUAACAGGUACAAAUCUUUUAAUUCCAAUUGCACCAAAUUGGACAUCGGGGGAGAACACAAUGCUCUGCUAGCGAUGGACAUCAUAUACAUAUUAUUUUCCUUCAUGCUAUCUUACACUGUCUUACUUUGUAAACAUGCUAAUGAACUUUGUUCCUUUUCAUUUAUGAUAUCGAUGAAAUCAUCAUUCUCUUGACCAGUGACAACUAAGAGGAGAAAUGUUGUAGUAGGUCUCUCAAUAUUCGACAGAUAGCCAUAAAGAGCAAUCUCUGUUUUGAUAUU